UUUUGUCCCUGAUUAGCCUAUGUAGACUGCAAUCAUGCGUUUUUCCUCUUGCAGGCGUUCAUUAUAGCCCUUACAUCAGACUUCAUCCCUUGGUUGGUCUACGUCUACUACUACAGUGACAACCAAACCCUGGUCGGCUACACACAGUGGGGGCUCUCCAAGUUUAACACAUCAGACUUUCAGCCGGACAAGAGAGUACAAGGAUCUGAUAUUUGUUGGUACCGAGAUUUCCGCUACCCUCCUGGCUACAAGGAUGAGACAGGAGAGCCAAUGCAGUAUGAGUAUUCUGAGAAAUUCUGGCAUGUCCUGGCUGCUGGCUUCUCUUUUGUCGUAGUCUUUGAGAACCUGGUGGUGGUCACCACAAGCCUGGUGGCCUACCUGAUCCCAGACGUGCCGGCCAUGGUGAAGAAGGAGAUAAGGAGGGAGGCGUACAUCUCUAGUGAGAUCGUCAUACAGACUGAGCUGCAGAAGGCCAAGGGAAACUCAGUAACGGACAUCCUGCUCGGAAAACUGCGGAAGGGAGGUGCAAAGGGGGAGAACGGGUCAAGCGCGCGGAAACGCAAUGGGAGGGGUGGAGACGAUGAUGCGAUUGUGCGGGUUGAUGAAGUGUCGGUGUCAAACAUUUGAUGAGAGAUAUGAGGAUAAUUCGAAACUUGGACAAGACUCUGUAAUAUGUUUAAGGCCUGCUGAGAGCACUAAUAUUUCUGUAGAUGGAACAUGUAACAUAUUUUUGCCCUAAAGAAGUGGUGUAAAUAUAUGGGCGUG